CAUGUUUUUGAUUAUCAAAGCACCCACCGUGCCCAAAAACUUUCUUUUGAUUGGUCUCUCUCUCAAACGCAAUGACUACUUUCUCAGAGGUUUAUACAAACAAUCCUCUCCAACUUCACCAUAUCAUCCCCCUCGACUUCAACUCUCUCCAAGCUGUACCAGACUCCCACAUAUGGCCUAAAUCCGAUGAUGAUGUCCCAACAUCCGAUGAAUAUUUGUCGAUUCCGAUCGUGGACCUCAUGGAUCCCGAUGUCGUGGACCGUGUCAGCCAUGCAUGUCAGACAUGGGGGAUCUUUCAAGUCACCAACCAUGGACUUUCUCCGAGUCUUUUGGAGGGUGUCGAGGAGGAGACGUGGCGGCUAUUCUCUCUCCCGGUCCCGGAGAAGAUGAAGGUGCUCCGAUUGCCUGACGGAGCCACCGGUUAUGGCACUGCUCGGAUAGCUCCUUUCUACUCCAAGUCCAUGUGGCAUGAAGGGUUCACCAUCAUAGGAGGCUCUUUUGUUGAGCAUGCUAAGGUUCUUUGGCCUAAUGACUAUAAACGCUUUUGUGACGUAAUCGAUGAGUGCCAGAAGAGCAUGAAAACCCUAGCACACAAACUCUUGCACAUCAUCCUCAAGUCUCUCAACCUCUCCGAAGAACAAGAAUCAAACUGGGCAACAAUGAUUCAUCAAUCCGAAACCAAUGCGUUACAACUAAAUUCCUACCCUACAUGCCCGGACCCGAACCAAGCCAUCGGCCUACCACCCCACACCGACUCACUCCUCCUCACCAUCCUCCACCAUUCCAACACCUCUGGCCUCCAAAUCUUCCGUGAUGGCGGCUUCGGAUGGGUACCGGUUUCUUCUUUCCCCGGUGCGCUCACCGUCAAUGUCGGCGACCUCCUCCACAUCUUGUCCAAUGGAAAGUUUCCGACGGUUUAUCACCGGGUGGUCGUGAGUGGGACCUGCCACCGGGUCUCUAUGGGGUAUUUUUAUGGUCUGCCGGUUGACUCGACGGUUGAACCACUUUCUAAGGUUGAGUUUCCGAUGUAUAAGUCUUUGACUGUGAGAGAGUAUAUUGGGAUUAAGAACGAGUGCCAUGAAAAGGCACUUUCUUUGAUUAGAAUCUAGGGUUUGAUGUUCAAAGAUGAAUAAAUUCAAAAUGACGCAGUUCAUUUUAGUUAA